AUGGAGUUCCAUAAGCCUAAUUGGGAGCCUCUGGUAACCCCUGAGGUGAAAGCGCCCGCUGUUCCUGUCGUUGCGGAAUCUGAGAAGAUUGCCCCAGAGGAUCAGACGGAACAGGCGCAGGAGCAAGCACGCGCACAGGGACAGGAAAUUCCGCCCGAGCAGCCUCUGGAGCAACCUGUCGAACAACCUCUGGGCCAACCUUUGGAACAGUCGGCACCUGUCAUGGUCAAUAUCGAAGAGCCAGCUUCGGACCACACCAGCCGUGCCGCCAUCAACACUGGUUAUAACAGCGACUCGAAGGCGCAUUACCACUCCCGAUCGACCGACUUUCAUCAAUCUGCUCCUGAAUAUGCCGCCCAAGAUACCGAUCAGUCCCGGCAGAACUCAUCUCCAUUGCUCAACCACCACCCCCUGCCUGUUCCCAACUCCAGGCCCGGAUCUGGACUCUCCAGUGGCCCGGAACGCGCCCCUGGUGUUUCCCAAUUGCAGCAACAGGACGCCAGUCAGCGCCAAGCUUCCCAGGCCAAUAAGAACAGCGUGGUGAUUAAGGUUGGUAUGGUAGGCGAUGCGCAGAUCGGAAAGACCAGCUUGAUGGUCAAGUACGUUGAGGGCAGCUGGGAUGAGGAUUACAUUCAGACAUUGGGUGUCAACUUUAUGGAAAAGACAAUCUCGAUUCGCAACACUGAAAUCACCUUCUCGAUUUGGGAUCUUGGUGGCCAGCGCGAGUUUGUUAAUAUGCUACCACUUGUCUGUAAUGACGCCGUUGCAAUUCUUUUCAUGUUCGAUCUUACUCGCAAGAGUACAUUGAACUCAAUUAAGGAGUGGUAUCGCCAGGGACGUGGCUUCAAUAAGACGGCCAUUCCCUUCCUGGUGGGCACCAAAUAUGAUCACUUUGUGAACUUCCCCCGUGAGGAUCAGGAGGAGAUCUCUAUUCAGGCCAAGCGAUUUGCUAAGGCGAUGAAGGCUAGUCUGAUAUUUAGCAGUACCAGCCACAGCAUCAAUGUGCAAAAGAUCUUCAAGAUUGUUCUAGCCAAAGCAUUCGAUCUGAAGUGUACCAUUCCGGAGAUUGAGAAUGUUGGCGAGCCCCUGCUCCUCUACAAGAAUGUCUAA